GAAGUGAUAUCUACAUCGGAGCGGCUGAAAAUCCUAGAACGGAAUAACGAAAAAUGAUCAGAAGUACCCUUCGCAGCGGUCCCCAUCUGAGGGCUAUGCUGCUUGGCACUACUAAAGUUAUUUCAAAUACCCCCCUGAGUACACUCUCAAAAACCGCAUCCGCCAGAAUUCUGACCCCGUCGUGCACCACAACCUUGAACCAUACCCGCACGAUGUUCAUCCAAACGCAGGACACUCCGAACCCGGACAGCUUGAAGUUCCUUCCCGGUGUGGCCGUCCUGGAGAAGGGUCAAACGAUGGAUUUCCCCACCCAGGCAUCGUCGAUGUGCAGCCCGCUGGCCAAGCUCCUGUUCCGCAUCGAGGGUGUCCGGUCGGUUUUCUUCGGGGCGGAUUUCGUGACCAUCUCCAAACAGGAGGAAGCCGAGUGGCGUAUCAUCAAGCCGGAAGUGUUUGCCGUGGUAAUGGAUUUCUUCGCCUCCGGACUGCCGGUGGUGACCGAUGCUAAGCCGAUGGGAGAUACGCAGGUCAACGAGGACGACGACGAGGCGGUACAGAUGAUCAAGGAACUUUUGGAUUCGAAGAUUCGACCGACGGUGCAGGAGGAUGGUGGGGAUAUCAUUUUCAUGGCAUUUGAAGAUGGGGUGGUCAAGCUGAAGAUGCAGGGCAGCUGCUCGUCGUGCCCGAGCUCGAUCGUGACCCUGAAGAAUGGAGUGCAGAAUAUGCUGCAGUUCUACAUACCGGAAGUGGUGUCCGUCGAGCAGGUCUUUGACAAGGUAGACGAGGUGACGGAGUCGGAGUUUGAGAAGCUGGAGAAGCAAAUCAAACAGAAGGAAGAUAAGUAAGCGAAUGGCAGGUAGGAUGGCUGGAUUGGAGAUGAAGUUUGUAAAUAGAAAUA